CAUUCUAGACUAUUUUCAAACUCUAUCAUCAUCAAAAGUAGAUAAAAAAAAUAUUUUUAUUAAAUUAUUGAUUGUUUGUACAAUAUUGUCAUUCACUUCGAAACAUUAAAAAGUGGCAUAUCCUCAUUUGAAUUAUGCAUAUACUUGUGGUGGGAACCUUAGUGUACUACCCUUGGCUGCGCUAGAGGGUUUUCUCCUGCAAUAUCUCCGUUUCGGUGAUUGAGUGGGUUUCUAUAACGGGGCUUUUGGCUUCUCCAGCAGUCUUGGUUGUUUGAUUUUCUUGCUUUUGGGCAAGUUCCAUUUUAUUCUUCCUACUGAGGAGGUUAGAGAUCGAAUUAUGCGCAAUCGGCUAUGGUGUUUCGAUGGGGAUCUCAUCUCCGUCCAACCGUGGUCUCUGGAAUUUGAAUUUUGUAAGGAAUCUUUUGUGCUUGCUCCUUUUUGGGUUCAUGUUACGAAUGUUCCAGUGCAUCUUACUACGGCGGAGUUUGCUAGCGAUCUUGCCUCUUCUUUCCCCCUUUGUGAGAUGGUUGAAGUCUGUGAUCUGGGUCUUAAUGGGGGGAGGUAUCUUCGGCUCAGAGUUGGUAUUGAUCUUUCCAAGCCAUUCCGGCGAAGGGUUAAAUUUGUUCAUGGUGGCCAGAGCCACUGGACGAAAUUCUGGUAUGAGCGUCUUCCUUUCCUGUGUUUUAAUUGUGGUCGGGUUGGCCAUAAUUUACGCUCUUGCCCAUCGCCGUUAGCUAAUCUAAUUGAUGAUCGCCAAUUUGGUUCGUGGUUGAAGGCUUCCGGUACUACGGGUCGAUUGAGGAAAGGUCCUAAAGGUUCGGCAUCCAAUAGUUCAUCGAAGUCUUGGGAUGCUCCGUUGGUUCGCCCUCUUGUUCAGAUUCUCGGCGGUUAUUUUGGAACGGCCUGUAGUGGUACCGGUGACUCUUCAUCAUCUCUUAAUUUUGGUGCCACUAUCAAUCAGGUUCAGGGUUCAACGUCCACUGUUGUCCCCUUCUCUUAUCCUACACGUGUCAGUUCUUUAUAGGGGGCUGGUGGAUUCCAUGCCGAUUACCCCUUAUCAUUUCCUUUGGAUCAAACAAGGGCUUAUUUACCUUCUGAGGCCGAUGGCCCACAAGCUUGGACUUGGGCCUUGUCCUUCUCAUGCUUUGUCUAUCUUAAAGGCUAUCUGGAAAAGCCCAGUUUCUUUGGACCCGAAUUUGGAUGCUAUUGGUUUGGCCCAGUCGGAUUCCUUAAAUCCGCCAGUCGUUUCACGUUCUUUUUCCACUACAGUUCCUGCUUUCAACAAUGAAAUGCUUGGUUUUUCAACGAAGCACCCCAAAGAGGAUCUCUGUCCAAUGGCGUUCUCUUUAGUGGUGCCCAGAUCUUCUGUUCUUUCUCCCCUCCCUUCGGUGGCAUUUAUCCCUUCUUCUCACCGGUCUUGGAAGCGGAAGGCUAGGACGAAGGGGUGGUUCGUAUACUGGAUACUGAUAUGACUCUCAAGUGGCGAUCUAAGGAUACCUCAGUCUUAUCUCCUUCUGAUGAGCACUGAAAAGCACUAAUCCCAAAAUUGAGCUAACUCAGCCAAAUAAGAGCUUAAUUGAAGCAAUCCUGAGAUAAGCCAAAGGAGGGAGCAAAGUGGAGAAAGAAAUGAGCAAAAAGGAAUCAAAGUUGUGCAGCUGAAAAGUUCGAUCGAUCCAACUUAGAGUUCGAUCGAUCGAACAUCUAUGAUCGAUCACAGUACUUCUCGAUAGAUCCAACAUUGGCCUUUGCUGAAAUUCCAAGUUCGAUCGAUCCAACAUCACCUUCGAUCGAUCGAACCCUAUUUUGUCCUAUUCAAAUGAUUGAUCUUAUCCACAGCUGUACGCCUACCAACCACUUUUGUCCUUUUCCCCAAAAAUAUCUUCGAAAUAUCUCAGCCUUGUCCUUAUCCGGAGGAGUCAGACCACUUCGAUCGAUCCAAGAUGCAGUUCGAUCGAUCGAACCCAUCUUCGAUCGAUCCAAGUUAAGGUUCGAUCGAUCGAACUUCCUCCAGCGAGAAAAAGUUAAAGUCCAGCUCAUUUAUUCCAUCCUUCACCCAAUCAUUGGAGAAUAUGCCUUGCACGACCACAGCUCAUCAUAGGGUGUAUUUGACCUACCUAUAUAAGGAAUAUGAUACACUUUUUGGUGAGGAAUCUAGAGUCUCUUGUCACACAUUGAAAAUCAUCUUGGAGGCUAUUCUUGGAGAGGAAGAAGGGAGGAAGAUAGAGCAACCAUUGGAGGAGAUCUUCAUCUACAAGGAGCAGCCAUGGAGUUAGCUCUUGAGGGUUAGAUCAUCACUACCUUGAGUGGCUAGACAUCUUCUUGGGGCUAAAGUUAGCCCCAAGCAUGCUUUCUAUACUCUAAUCUUGUGUAUUAUUGAGGGAUUAGUGUUGUAUGAUACAUCUUGAUAUUCAUGUAUAUA